AUGCCUGCAAUGCAAUAUCAGCCUAUUACUUUCACAGUUUCGUCGGGUGCCAUCUGCUUCGGGCCUCUCCACGACAUCGACCGUGCCUCUACAAUACCCAUCCAACGCCCGGCAGAGAACCCUAAACCGAAGCUCGGAGGCACAGUAGCCAGCUGCGAGAUCGAACACAAUAUUGCGGCACAGAACGGGGCAUGGACAGCAUACCCUUUACUACGGACCAAGUGGGCGAAGAACCCCGCCGCCUGGUUCGUCGCCCACGAGCAGGUCAGCCCGCUCCCAGAAAUCCGCAAAUUACUGCGUGUGGCUGGGUCACCUUACGAGUAUGAGCAUGGCCAUGCGACGAACUGUGAUGCUACCCGUGCCGAAUGCGUGCUACUUAUCAACCGUUACGACUGGGAUGAUAUUCCCCCAGGGAACCCAGUCGCCGACGAGGACAUCGGUUUUGAGCCGGAUACCCUCGGCGUCGUCGACUACCAACAUGCAGCUACGCAAGUGCAGGCUUGGGCAGCCAACGGUGACUCCGCGGAUAGAAAUCCAUCGCAGCACGGUGUAUGGCUUCAUUGCCCUGAUGCCGAGUAUAAAUGGGCUCGCCUUGGAAUGAACCAGGACUACACACAUGCUAGGUCUCUGCUUAUCUUCAACAUUUACACCGUCUUCUUUGACACCUGGCUUCCCGGGCAGACUCAGCCUCUGAGGAACUACGAGACAUCCUUGGAGCGAUUUCACCGGCACCUCCGUGAAGGCCACGAUUUUAGUGGCAUUUCAACUCUUCGAGAAUGGUGGGACCCGGUCCAGGAGUUGAACAUGCUCUUCCCCUCGCAGCCGCCUCAACACGCGGACCUCCUGGGUCCAUACGAGAAGCGGGAUCAUAUACUUCUCCCCAGCGAGCUUAAGGCGCUUCUUGCCGACGUUCCUCGCGAAUCCGAGGACGACUACCGAAAAAGGGGGUUAUCCGAAGAAUCUAUUCAACAGGAAUUACGGAGAAAAGAACCGGCGAUCAUGGCAAAGGACUUCGAGGAAGACAUUUGCGAGGUAAUGAAUCAAAUCAUGCUCAGUUAUCUGGAGCAUUUCGUGCUACCGUUGCGCUCGAGCACAUCCGCAUCAAGCCUUGGCACAGAUCUUUUCCCAAAUCACUCUAUCGAAGGAGCUAAAAGCGUGGAUGGACUCAUGAUGGCGUGGUUUCUGGAUGGGGUCACUUCUGCCGCAGAUCCGACCAUCAUCGCCCAAGUCAUCAUCGCCAUGGUGAGGGAGAUUUUCGAGUUUGCAGAUGGGAAUGCCAUCGGCAGAGAGAAGCCGGAGGAAAGGAAGCCCGGCGAACGGCCUUUGAUCACACCGCGAGAGAUACGAAUGCAAGUAUACUACGGCGAUUUUCUGAGCAGUCUUCAGUAUUCAGCAUUUUUUUGGUACGGAGCAGAUCCGGAAAGACCCGAGUUCCGGAGGUACGAAAGGUGA